UUAAUAAACAGCGGACGGAGGGGCUGGCGGCGGCGGCGGGGCCGGAGCGAGCAGGGGUUCGGCGGCCUCACCUGUCCCCAUUCACCGGCGGCGACCGGCGGCGGCGGGCAGCGCGUCAGGCGGAGAGGGCCGCCGCCAGGAAUGAAUCUGAAGUCUGCUGCAGUAAAACACUGAAGGCUUUAAAAUGUUUUCUUGCAUAAAACUCAAACUUUAAGUAGCUGCUUAUGAGGAUAGGGAAGGCAGGAAGCUAAUGUCUGUCUCAAGAUACAGGACAGCUGUUUGCUCAUCACCCUCAACUGUCCCAAGCAACAUCAGGAAAGACAACCUGACAUAGGGAACUGAGGACUAUUACAGAGUGAGAACUACAAAGCAUCCUUAGUACAGUAGGAACCCUAAUCCAAAGUCCCUAUACUUUUAUCAGAGUGUGCAUCAGAGGAACAUGGCUCAAGAAACUAAUCACAGCCAAGUGCCUAUGCUUUGUUCCACUGGCUGCGGAUUUUAUGGAAACCCUCGUACAAACGGCAUGUGUUCAGUAUGCUAUAAAGAACAUCUUCAAAGACAGAAUAGUAGUAAUGGUAGAAUAAGCCCACCUGCACCUUCUGUCAGUAGUCUGUCUGAGUCUUUACCAGUUCAGUGCACAGAUGGCAGUGUCCCAGAAGCUCAGUCAACGUUAGACUCUACAUCUUCAUCUUUGCAGCCAAGCCCUGUACCAAAUCAGUCACUUUUAUCAGAAUCUGUAGCAUCAUCCCAAGUGGACAGUACAUCUGUGGAUAAAGCAGUACCUGAAACAGAAGACCUGCAAGCUUCAGUAUCAGAUACGGCACAGCAGCCAUCUGAAGAGCAAAGCAAGUCUCUUGAAAAACCAAAACAAAAAAAGAAUCGCUGUUUCAUGUGCAGGAAGAAAGUGGGACUUACUGGGUUUGAAUGCCGGUGUGGAAAUGUUUACUGUGGUGUACACCGUUACUCAGAUGUACACAAUUGCUCUUACAAUUACAAAGCUGAUGCUGCUGAGAAAAUCAGAAAAGAAAAUCCAGUAGUUGUUGGUGAAAAGAUCCAGAAGAUUUGAACUCCUGCUGGAAUACAAAAUCCUUUGACCAUCUGCAAACUAAAAAUUGACUUGAGGUUUUUUUUCCUAGUCAUUGGGAAUGUAGAGCAAUGUAUCUUGCAUAGACCUUUUAAUCAUGCAUGUCAUCAGAAGAAUAGAUUUUUGUUUUUGUUUUGAAAAUGACUCUGAACAUUUAUUUCCAUUGCAGUUUCUGUGGCUGAAAAGACUUAAGUAAACUUUACAAGUAUUAUCCUUUUAAGAUCAUUUUAAUUUUAGUUGAGUGCAGAGGGCUUUUAUAACAAACGUGGAGAAAUUUCAGAGGGCUGUGAUUUUUUUCCAGUAUUAAACAUGCAUGCGUUAAUCUUGCAGUUUAUUUUCUCAUUGUGUAUGUAAAUAUAGCUUUUCUCUGCAGCACGAUUUCUCUUUUGAUAAUACCCUUUAGGGUACAACUAGUUAUCAGUAACUGAAUGUAUCUUAAUCAUUAUGGCUGCUUCUGUUUUUCAUUAACAAAGGUUAUACAUAUGUUAGCAUAUAGUUUCUUUGCACCCACUAUUUAUGUCGGAAUCAUUUGUCACAAGAGAGUGUGUGCUGAUGAGAUUCCAAGUUUGUGUGUUUUUAAUUUUUUUGAGCGAGGGAAGGAAAAGCUGUAUGCAUUUCAUUGCUGACUGCAGGUUUCUUUCAGGUUACGUUCAUCGGUCUGUGUGUAUACAAUAUGAAGAAUGAUCUGAAGUAAUUGUGCUGUAUUUAUGUUUAUCCACCAGUCUUUGAUUAAAUAAAAAGGAAAAAUAUAA